CUUCUCAAAAAUUUCCUCUAUUAAUAAUUCCCUCGAACAAUUAGCUUAUAAAUAUGGACUUGUUAUGAAGAUUGCUUCUCUGAUUAUUUUAAAAUAUAAAACCAAAAGUUUAUAA